GAGAGAACUCACUUCUUGAGGAAAGCCUUGCACUUAUCUGACACAUUUACAGACUUAAGUUGAUCGACAAAUGACGACGGUGAUGAUGAGAGGAUUUUUGCUCUUCAUCUGUUUGGUCUUCACAGCUGUUCAGUCGAUCACAGGCGAAACGAGCAGGAUAGAUGUGCAAAAAAAGCAUGAAAACGACGUGGCGCACCACAGCACCACUACAACAGGAGUAUGGAAUCAGGAGAAGCCAAAGAGGCUCUUUGCCAGGACUCAUUAUCUGUCUCAGCAGAGACAUCAUGUGGUGAGACCUAAGCCCAGACCUGAGGCAGUUCCUCCAGCCCAAACUCCAGCACGGCGUUGUGCUGGAUUAAUGGAGAGCUGUUCCUCGCUCACUCCCUGCUGUGACCCCUGCGCUUCAUGCCACUGCAGGCUUUUUAACACAAUCUGCCACUGCUGGAGACUGGUACACCUCUGCCCCAAGAAGACCUAAUGACCCUUAACACAUGUACAAACACACACAGACACUAACUAUAUAUCACGCUGCUGUGCACAUACAGGAAUUAAACAUGCAUCUCGACACACACAUGCGCUCUCUGAUUGAAAAUGCUUUAUUGAGCACCAUCAAACAUGACGUUUAACUAAGAGGUAAUUAUAUGUAUUACUUUCUUUACAGUGUAUGUUCAACUUUUACAUAAUCUACCAGGUAAUAUUUUGGACACACCUACCCACAUUCUUAAGUGUUAUGUUUUACACAUUUCAGUAUAGCAGUAAACACAUCAAAGCUGUGAAAUAACACAAAUGAAAGUAUGGGAAUUAAGCAAAUAUUUUCACUUCUUCAAAUUAUUUGUCUAUGGGCAUUCUCUCAACCAACUUCUUGAGUUAUCUACUGUACCUGGGAAUGUCUGAUCAGUACUGAAGUACAUUCAUUUUCAUGCAUGCUGGACACUUGUUGCCUGCUUUUCCUUCACUAUCCAUUCCAACUUUUAGAUUUUAAUUAUUAAAAAUACCUUGAUAGCCAACAUUUAUAUUUGCCAACAAACUAAUGUCAAGCAUUUGAGCAUAAACCUAUAGAUCAAACAGGGUUUUAACAAUUUCAGUCAAGUUUGUCCAAACUUUUGACAGGUAGUGUACAGUAUGUAGAGUAAUUUGCUAACUUUUUGCACCAUACUUCUUUUAUGAUAUGUUUACCAACUGGAGCUGACAGAAUCCUUUAGGAUUCAUGCCUCAUUUUGGCAAAGUUUCUUUUUUUAAUUUUUUUAUUAUCGUUAGUAUCAAAUAUUUUUGGCCCUAUUAAGAUAGGGGCAUAUACUAUGUAAUCUAAACUUUUUAACCUUUGUAGGCUCUGUAUAACAAUCCCUAAAAUAACUUUAUAUAUUAGAAGUCAUUUUAGGUGCAGUAAAUGUGAAUGUCAUUAUUGUUAUCCUAUUCUAUUGUGAUUUGUUUUGGUCAUAUAUAAAGCUGUGAGUGUAGCUUUUAAGAUGCACUCAUUUCUACUGUGAUUAUUCCAAUUGUCAUGUAACUGUUUUUCACAAACACACACACACACACACACACACCAAAGUUAUACCUGUGGAAGAAAAAUGCAAGCCCUACUGUAGAUGAUAAGCUCCUUUGAAAGAUUGACUUUAACAAUUAUGUACUGGAAAAGUUGCCAGCUAUACCCUUGUCAUUUAGUAUAUUCCAACCCACUGUCAAGUCAUUUUGACUGAAUAUUAUUGAGGAAAAAAUCAAUGUCCAAUCAAAUAAAUCAAAUGUUUUCUUUUUAAUAAUAAUACAAAAAAGAAUAAAUUAAAAACAUUUAGA